UUGGCCGACCUCUUAAACACCUGGACGAUCAAUCAUUAUAUAUCUAAGGCAAGUCUAUACGAAGUCUAUACGAUUUGGAUUAUUACAUAUAAUUUUAUUAAUUAAAAAUGAAACAUAAGAUUGGUGAAGAUUUUAGCCAUUUUGCGAUUUUAUCAAAGUACGACGUAAAUCGUAUUAAAGAAAUAAACAAUUAAAAAACAUAAUCAAUACCGUAAAAGUGUUAGUUUUUCUUGUCUGGUAAUGAUUUAGCGAUGACGAUGUCUGAUGGAGUAGUCCACCCAUAUUAAUUAAUGAUGAAUUUGAAAGAAAAAAGUCUUCGCAACGUUCAAAACUGUCGUGUGUAAAAGCUGUUGGCUUCAAGCGCGACGUGAUCGAUACGCAAUCGUUCUGCCGAGUAUUUCCGAAGUUAUCCGUAAAGAAACGAAGGUAACCGAAUAUUAACGAAGUUGGUCGAGGUAGUAUAGUGAGCAAACGACGCGUACGGAAGAACGCGGGGUCUUCUCCGGCUUGGAUUGAAACAGCGUUCGCGUCUACGGGCGCGGUUUUGCGUCUCGAGCUGGCGUUUUACAUGGUAAAAUGUCCUCCCUCGAUUAUCUGGACUUGUGUCGAUUAUGUCUCGUGAAGGACCGUGUUUCGGUGCCAAUUUUCGAGGGUGAAGGAGACGUACGACAAAUAUUUCUCAAGAUCGCUGCCUGUCUACCGGUCAAGCUUACAAGAGAAGAUAAGUUACCUAAGAAGAUAUGCGAUGAUUGUGUGUAUAAAGUAGAAUUAUUUUAUCAAUUUUGGAAUACAACAGCAAACGCAGAAAAACAACUUUUGCAAUGGCUAGGAGAAGUCAGUUUAGAAGACAAACAGGGUUAUGUUACCAAUGUUCUCAAUCCGAGUGUAAUGAAACAAGAACAGAGUACAGAGAACAGGUUAGAUGGCAAUGUGAUGCAGCAAGUAGAGGAGCAUCAAAACAAUAUGGGGAUGGGUAUGAUGGAUAACAUGGGUUUGGGUAUUCCCAUGAUAAUAUCCAGUGCUAAUCAACAACAAAUCACCUCAGUUCCUAUGGACACCAGCAGCAAUUCUGUACAAACUAUUCAGGCAGUACCUGGUCCAAGUUCACAAACUACACAUAACCAAAUACCACAGAAUCAAACAAGCUCUACGCAACAAGAAGAUGAAGAGGAAAGUAGUGAAGAUGAAGAAAAUUCUGACGAAGAAUGCGAUGGAGAUGAAGGCCUACCUGUAAAAGAAGAAAGUGAAGAAGAUCCCAGCAAUAGAACCAUAGAGCCUACUACUUUUGUAAAUGUUUCCUUGGCAUGUGAUGAAGCAGGUCCUUCAGGACUGCAGCAACAGAAGAUCUCAGAUAUGCCUGAGAUGCCAAUUCCACAGCCAGCUGAUGGGGAUCCCAAAUCUGGGAUUCUAAACGGGGAUGGACGUUUUAUAUACGGGAAGGAAUCGAUUCCAAUGCAGCCUUGGCAAAUUGUCGACGUAGAAGGUUGCCUCUACUAUGCCUUCCUUCCGACGAAUCAAACGCCAAAGCUCGCUGAACGGGAGAGAACUGUCGCAAAAUCGGCGGACGACAGUCCGAGGAACAGCGAGGGGGAGGAGACUUUCGUGAUCCCGGCCGAGGACGAAACAGGUGACAGCGAUCUGUGCCCAAUUAAAAUAAAGAAAGAGGACAUUGACGACGUGUCAUCGUCGAACGAGGAUAAUUACGACGACGCCAAAGGAUACGCCUGCGAGGAAUGCAACAUCUGUUUCCCGGUGAUGCAGAUGUUGAAACGGCACAGGAACGCGGUCCACGAGCAGGCCCAGCGAUACAAAUGCAAGGUCUGUUUCAAGAUAUGCCGUAGCCUGGUCGCGUUCAAGAUGCACGUGGCCCUGGAGCAUAAAACGGAGGAGGAAGAGGUGAAAGAUUCCGAGAGUCUGACUUAUGCCUGCAACUAUUGCAACUACGAGAGCACGAACAAGUCCACCCUCCAUUCACACAUCAGUAGAAAACACUCGACGAAACGUAUUGGGAGGAGGAAAAGUAGUUACAGGUACACGAGCGAGCCGGAAGAGUACUCGUGUGACGUGUGCGAGUUCAAAUGCCAGAAUCGGCGCAGAUUGAAGGAACACUUGGAACGGAAACACGCGUCCGAGUACAAGUACGACUGCGAGUAUUGCGGGAAGAAGUUCAAGGUGAAGGGGGACAUGAGGCUUCACGUGCGUUUCAAGCACAAGGAGGGGCCUAUCGUGUGCGACGUUUGCGGGAAGACGUGCUCGAACAGCAAUUCCCUGUACGUGCAUCAAAAGUGGGCCCAUUUCAAGCCAAAGUACGAGUGCGAGAUAUGCAAGAGGCGCAUGGUGACCCAGGAGAACCUCGAUCAACACAUCUUAUUGCAACACGAGAGACGGGAGAGCUUCGUAUGCGAGGAGUGUGGAAAAUCGUUCACCGAGAAUCACAGAUUGAAACAGCAUAUGAUGACUCAUACCGGAGACAGACCUUACGAUUGCCACAUAUGCGGCAAAGCUUUCGCGCGUAGAACGGCUUACAGGCAACACUUGCUUAUACACACGGGCAAACGGCCGUAUAUCUGUGAUAUCUGCGGUAAGACGUUCACGCAGAAGCCUGGCCUGAUUUGUCACCGGAAGUCGCACCCCGGAGUCCAUCCUCCCCUACCUGUCGUGCACAUAGAGCACAUCCUUAGCGAUUUCAUGAAGAAAGAGAAUGGACAGAUCCGCUUCAACCCCAUCUCGAGACGGGAUAUAACCGGCAACAUUGAAGAAAUGAAAAGAGAAACGAGAUCAGCCGAGAAGGCCGAGUGCAAAAUUUUACCGACCUGUGACAUCUGUCAAAAACAAUUUAAGAAAAAAUAUUUAUUAAGAAGACACAAGAAGCUUGCUCAUUGUGAAAAUGAGGAUAAGAGAGACGUGUCCUCGAAAGGGAACACCCUCGUGGAACUAGGAUCCCAGAAACAGGAAGCUUUGUCCUGCACCAUUUGUGAGUUUCGUUGCAACAAAAGAUCGACGAUGAUAGCCCAUCUGGCGCAAAAUCACGAGGGUUCCGGUAAAAGUAAAUUCACCUGUAAAAGAAAAUUCACCUGCAUCAUAUGCGGCCUUAUCUGUUCUCGAAAGGAGACUUUAAGAUCUCAUUUCGUGCGGAAGCACACCCAACAUUACGAGUUCUCGUGCGAGCAAUGCGGCAAAGAGUUCAAGAUCAAGGGUGAUCUAACCACCCACAUGAGGCUGAAUCAUCGAGAACCGCCUGUUAUGUGCGACGUUUGCGGGAAAACGUGUCGCAACAGCCACAGUUUGUACACGCAUCAGAAACACGCCCACUACAAAGCGAAAUACGAAUGCCCCGUGUGCCACAGAAGAUUGGUGACCAAAGAGAACCUUGACCAACACGUGUUGACCCAGCAUGAGAAGAAAGAGAAGUCCGUUUGCGAGGAGUGUGGGAAAACGUUCUUCGAGAAUCAUGAUUUCAGGAAACACAUGAGGAUACACACCGGGGACAAACCAUAUAGCUGUUCGGUGUGCGCUAGAGCGUUCACCACGCACAGUAGUUUGAGCCAACAUUUGCUGUUGCACACAGGAGAAAGGAUUUACGUUUGCGACGUGUGCGGCAAGUCGUUCGCCCAAAAGGCCGGCCUCAUAUGUCACAGAAAGAUUCAUUCUGGAACGUUGCCACCCCUUCCUGUGAUGCAUAUCGAUCAUAUCUUGAAAGAAUUCAUGAAGAAGUUCGAGCUCGACACCCUCAACUCGCGCGGUAUCUUUAUCUACGACAAGGAGUCGGUGGUGAUGAAAAAAUGGCAGAUCCUGGAAUUCGAUGGGAAACCGUACUACGCGUUUGUACCUGAAGGCGACACGCCGUUGGCAGAGGAGGAUAUACCCGAGCAAGUGGACGAGGCUGGGAACGAGGAGGAGAAGCAGGAUCUCGUGAAGGUGGAGUGUUUGUACGACGAGGAAGAGUUGCAAUACGAUUCGACCGACGAGAAAUUGUACGAGGAGGAUGAUCUGUUGAACAGAAGCGGGGAGCUCAAGGAGGAGGACGACGUGAAACCGAUAAUAUUAAACGGUGGGAUCGAGGGGGUGGAGAACGAGAAGGCGAUCGGUGAUCUUUAUCAGGUGAAGGUUCAAGGUAGCAUGGUGACGAUAGAGAAGUUGACGUCGAGCGACGUGGAGGAGGCGAAGGAGGUGGUCGAGUAUCAGCAGGAGGAGCAGGAGGAGGAGCAAGAGGCGUACAACGAUCAGGAGCAGGUGUUGGAGCAGGUGGAGCAGGUGGAGCAGGGGGAUCAAGAUCAGAUAGAGCAGAUAGAGUAUUUGGAGGAGGAGAUGUUGGAGUCGGCGAAUAACCACGUGACCCCUACGAAGACGCGCAGGAAGGUGUCCAGGGGGGCGGGCAGCGCCCUCAAGUGCAAAGUGUGCUCGGAGAUGUUCAGCUCGGCGAUCUCGUUCAGGAAACACGUGGCGUGGACUCACAAGAAGAAGGUGUGCAUACAGGAGGAUGGCGCGUACAUAUGCGCUGUGUGCGAUUACAGGACGCUGAAGAAGAGCCUGUUCGCGGCACACUUGGAGAGGAAGCACGAGACGUGGUCGAGGAAGCGGCCCAACAACAUGUUGUUCCCGUGCGCCGCAUGCGGCUUUGUCUGCAGAUCGAAGCACUCGUUGCAGUCGCACUUCAUAAGGAAGCACACCGAUCGUUACGAGCACCAGUGCAAGUUUUGCCCGAAGAAGUUCAAGGUGAAGGGCGACCUGACCAAUCACGUACGGUUUCAUCACAAGGAGAAGCCGAUCAAUUGCGACGUGUGCGGUAAACUGUGCCAGAACAGCGGCUCCCUUUACGUGCACCAGAAAUGGGCGCAUUACAAGCCCAAGUACGAGUGUCACAUAUGCAAGAGGCGUAUGGUGACGCAGGAGAAUCUCGAUCAACAUCUGUUGACGCAACACGAGAAAAGGGAGAAGAUCGUCUGCGCCGAGUGCGGCAAGACGUUCACCAAGAAGGACUCGUUCAAGAGGCACAUGGCGGUGCACACAGGGUGCAAGCCACACUCCUGCCUGAUAUGCAACAAACCGUUCGCGAGGAGGUCUCAGUUGCGUCAACAUUUGCUCAUCCACACAGGGAAGAGGCCGUUCGUCUGCGAUAUAUGCGGCAAGGCGUUCACGCAGAAGCCAGGCCUGAUCUGUCACAGGAAAACGCAUCCCGGCCCUCAUCCACCGUUACCCGUAAUGCCGAUCGCGGACAUCGUGAAAGAGUUCACCGAAGGCUACGUGCAGGAGAUAAACGCGCGCGAGAACGAGGAGAGGAUCGAGGAGGAGGCGUAGAAUCGAUGUUGUUCCGUUUUAUCCGUUUGAUCUUUCUAGACGACUCGAAGGCGACGUUUUUUCCGAUACUUUUUCGAUACUUAAAUUCGAUUUCGAUCGACGAGAGAAAAGAUGCCGCGAGAAGUUUCGUCUUGAUUGUUAAAGGUUGUUUGAAUCUAUAUUCGAGAGCUAUAUCGUCGAGAGAGGAGUUCGACGAGAGAAAAAUUUCGAUUGGUAAAGGGGAGCGCGAUGAUAGAUAGAUAGAUAGAUGGAUAGAUAGAUAGAUAAAUUUUAAUCUAGUGGAGAGUUGUAAGAGUCUUAAGUUGCGUCUGCUCGUCGUUGAAGGAUAGAUUAGAAUAAGAAUAAGUAAUGAAUUAUUAUAAUUAUUGUAAUAUCGUUUUUACGGAAUUUUUGUGUUAUCGCUAACAAUUUGCUAAUUGACUCAAUAAUAAUAUAAGUUAUUAUUCUAGUAUUUCUUAUAAUCGGAGAAAAAUCUUAUUGAAGGAUAUAACUGUUUAACGACAUAACUUAUUAGUUAAUUAAGAAUAACGAUAAAAUUAAACAUAACUUUUUAAUUCCUUAA